GUUCGAUCCAUCACAAUCAUGAAAGUUCUCGUUAUCGAUCCCAAUGGCAAUGUCGGUCUCCGGGUCACUGCAGCACUAAUCACUCAUGGUCACACAGUCGUGGCAUAUGCCCGGAACGCANNAAAAAAGCUCGAGUCUCACCUCCCGGCGACUGUGCAAAGCCAGAUUACUGUGGUAGUUGGACACGCAAUGGACUCAACGGCAAUCAUAGACACCAUUCUCAAAGAAGGUUGCGAUGCCGUUGGCACUCUGCCUGCCAUAUUCCGUGCAGUCUUUACCGCUGUCUUGGAAGCUGGCGAGCAGAAGAACAAGCCUCUGAGAGUUUGGUUCUUGGGUGGUCUCGGAGUAAUGUAUUUUCCAGGCACCGAAUCCAUGCUUCCCAAUCAUAUCCCUAGUUACCUGGAGCAUCGCCAGAACUUCGAACUCCUCAGGGCCGUAUCAACGGACAAGCUGCAAUGGUCUAUGCUGUGCCCUAGCGACAUGGAAGCCGAGUCGCCUGAGAUAAGUGUACCAACGAGAUCUCUGCAGGGGGACAAUCUGGUCGCAAAUGCUCCUUAUCCGCCAGCAUGGCGAAGAUCCUGGUUGGAACACAUUCCUUUGAGCGGAAAGUCCAUCUCCGUUGGGAUGAAUGCGCCUCGCUAUGCUACUACGUUGGAGAAGAAUGCGGACUUCAUUGCUUGCGACCUCAGCAGCCAUGUGAGCCAGUAG